GAGAGAAGGAAGACAAGUUGUCAUAAUUCUGCAGACAGACUGGAGAAACAAGUUGAUGAGAUGAUUGCCUUCCUGCUCUCUUUCCUUGCUGCACUUCUGUGUGAAUCCGUCCACAGUGACAACUCUGCAGUAGCAUGGUGCUAUAACAACCCAGCCUGCAAUUUUACCACCUGGCCUGAAAUUGCUCCACAUUACUGCAAUGGAUCCAGCCAAUCUCCAAUUAACAUUGUCACAGCACAAGUUCAGGGAAAUCCUAACCUGACUCAAUUUAAUUUAACUGGUUUUGAUGCCAACACCACCUUCAUAUCAAUCGCAAACUCUGGCACAUCAGUGGUCGUCACCUUGGAUGAAGACAUAAUGUCAGUGCAAGGAGGCGGUCUUCCAGGUCGCUACGUUUCUAAACAGUUUCAUCUUCACUGGGGCAACGGCAGCUCCUUGCCUGGAUCAGAACACACUGUGGAUGGCAAACAGUAUGCAAUGGAGCUGCACAUUGUGAAUCUCCAUUCAAAAUACAACGGGAAUCUUUCUGCUGCUCUGGCUGCUCAUGACAGCUCAGCGCUGGCUGUUUUGGGUUUCUUCAUUGAGGGAACCGAUGAAGCAAACAAAACAAAGGGUUGGGACGUCCUAACAUCCUUUCUGACAAAAAUUCCUUAUUCAGGUAAUGCGACCGUAGACAUUAUGAAUCAAAUCACAAUGAACAGUCUGCUUGAAGGAGUGAACAAGACUAAAUAUUACCGCUACCAAGGCUCUCUGACUACACCAUCCUGCAAUGAAGCUGUCAUUUGGUCUGUGUUUAAAGAGCCCAUCAAAGUCAGUAACAACUUGAUCAACCGCUUCAGUACAACAGUGUUUGCCAAAACUACAAGUGCUCCACUUCUGAAUACUAACAACUUCAGAGGAGUUCAGCCGCUGAAUGGCAGAGUGGUGACGUCUCAGGUGGAGCAAACCGCGUCAACCACAGCUCCUUCAUCAGCCGCCACAUCCAUUUCAUCCCUCUCCCUAUUACUGCUCUUGACCAGUUUGUGUUGCCUGUAAAUACACUAUUUUAGGAUGUUAUUUAAAUAAUUGGAGUUGAAUUAAUUUAUUUCCCUGCUGCAUUGUUCACUUUAUUGAUUGUGUUUGUUUAUGAUCAACAUUUUCUGUUAUUGUUGUGCAUCUUGUUACAUAGAGGUUCCUGUAUGUACCUAUAUUUCUGUUUCUAUCAUCUGUAUUUUAAAACGUCUUUAGGGAUCCACGUCUUUAGGAUAUCGAUUUAAAAAAAAAAUACAUCCUUAGUUUUAAAUAAUUGAAAUAAUUUAGACUUGUACAUAAAGCUUGUGUGUGACAUUUAAAUGUUUGUGUACAAUAUGGUGUGUAUAAUAUGGACAUUUUAGUUUUGGAGUGUAAUUAUGUCGUGAAAUAUUAUUAAAUAUAU